AAUUGAACUCAGGACCUUUGGAAGAGCAGGAAAUGCUCUUAACCACUGAGCCAUCUCUCCAGCCCUAGCUCAUUCCUUACAGAACAAGAGUGCCACUCAGAAAGAAGCUGCUCAUUGUCCCCACCCCGUCUCUGAAGUCCUGGGACAGAGACUUUCCCUGCAGGGAGAAGACUGGUGGUUUCUCAAAGGAACGGACUUCAGCUGUAACAGAGCAUCGUGAAGCCUCUUUCAAACAGCUUGGGAUGUUGUAUGGCUCAAUUAUAGGGCACCCUCCCAGUAUGGAAGAGGCUUUGGGUUUAAUCCCUAGCAAGGCUUCCUGUUAGAGGCCUUCAAAGCAGGAGGAUCUUGGGAGAUCUGAGGUCAUACAUUUGAGCAAUUGAGAGAAUUCCGGAGGCUGUAAUGUAGAGAGGAAGGACUCUGCGUUGGCUACCGUGUCUUGAGAAAGUAUUGCAUCACUCCGGGCCUCAAUUUCCCUGGGUGUCAAGUGGCUCCUUCGGUGCAGCGCGUCAGCUCCGGAGGGAACCGAUUUAUUCAACAGGUGGCAAUUCCCAAGCUCCACCCCCGGACUGGGAAACCCGGCUGCUGACGGUCCGCGGUCCCCCGGGCGCAGGCCCCGGGCUGCCCCGCUUGUCUCCUCCGGCCAAGCGCCACGAGCCCGGGAUGCAGCUCUCCAGCAGGGCGGCAGCCAGGGAAGCGGCGAGCCGCGACGUGCUGGCCGCGGACCUCCGCUGCAGCCUCUUCGCCUCGGCGCUGCAGAGCUACAAGCGGGACUCGGUGCUGCGGCCCUUCCCUGCCUCCUACGCCCGCCACGACUGUAAGGACUUCGAGGCCCUGCUUGCAGAUGCUGGCAGGUUACCCAACCUGAAGGAACUUCUCCAGUCCUCGAGAGACACAGACACACAGGCCUGGGACCUGGUGAGCUGGAUUUUAUCCUCCAAGAUCCUGACAAUCCACAGCGCAGAGAAGGCAGAGUUCGAAAAGAUCCAGCAGCUGACUGGUGCCUCUCACACUCCUGUUCCCACUCCCGACUUCCUAUUUGAAAUCGAGUACUUUGACCCAGCCAAUGCCAGGUUUUACGAGACCAAAGGAGAACGAGACCUCAUCUAUGCCUUCCAUGGCAGCCGCCUAGAGAACUUCCACUCUAUCAUCCACAAUGGUCUGCACUGCCACCUGAACAAGACAUCUUUGUUUGGAGAAGGGACCUACCUCACGAGUGACUUGAGCCUGGCCCUCAUUUACAGUCCUCACGGCCAUGGGUGGCAGCAUAGCCUCCUUGGCCCAAUCCUUAGCUGUGUAGCCGUGUGUGAGGUCAUCGAUCAUCCAGAUGUCAAGUGCCAAACCAAGAAGAAGGAUACCAAGGAGAUUGACCGCAGCAGAGCAAGAAUCAAGCACAGUGAAGGGGGAGAUAUCCCUCCUAAGUACUUCGUAGUCACCAAUAACCAACUUCUUCGGGUGAAGUACCUGCUGGUGUAUUCCCAGAAACAGCCGAGGAGGGCCUCACGCCAGCUCUCCUGGUUGUCCAGUCAUUGGUUCAUGGUCAUGAUGUCCUUGUAUCUGCUGCUGCUGCUCAUUGUGAGUGUCGCCAACUCCUCUGCUUUCCAACACUUCUGGAACCGAGUAAAGGGAUGAUCACAAGCACUUGGAGUGGGGGCCACUCACCGUGUGCCUUAUGGAAGCUUGUCCUCUACCUCCUGCGUCCCAUGUCCAGUCAGGCCGAGUUUGCGGACCAGUUGCAGGGGGGUGCACAGGACAAUUUUCAUAUGCCAUACAUGUACUGAUUGCCUUUGAUGAUGUGCCCAGCCACAGUCCAGUCAGUGGGGACCCUCAGCCCCUCACUUGUCUGCCUCUUCCUAAAUAGUCUAGGGAGGUGGCUCUUCAGCUAGGGCCAACGGGAAAGUAACUCCUGCUGCGUUUAAAAGCAAAGUGUCCAAGCUGUCGGUGGUGUUUCCAAUCGCUCGGAUGGAGGCUGGCCCUUUCUCUAAUGCCUUUUGGAAGACAGAACUUGAGGGUGAUAAAUCACUAAGUGGUUGCCUUGUUUUGACUCAAGACACCCAAGAGGGACAGUCGUGUUUCUCAUUCAAAUCAGUGGGAUCGUUUGGGGAUUCCAUCAGCUUUAGUCUGCGGAUGCAAAACAUUUGAACGGUUUUCUCAGAUCAACAAACGGUCUCUGCUACAGCUGUCCCUCCCUCCCUCCUUAAGCACACGAGAGAAGGAUCCUCAGCGGAUAACAAAAUGCAGACUUAACAACUAGCAACUCUGUCAUCGUUUCUAAAAAUGGCCAACUGCUGAUUACAGCUGAAACGGAACCAAAUGAUUGUUUUCUGUUUUUGUUGUUGUUUGUUUUUAAGUAACUGACAAAUUAGCCUCUGUGAGCCAAAUAAAAGGGGAGAUGUCUAAACCUGGAGCACCAAGUGGCCUGGGUCCACAGCCUCUUUCCUGGCUGUGUUACAGGGAGAAGGAUCCAAGCCAUAAGCUCGCUAUGGUCCUCGUUCCCACGAAGCUGCCUUGACAUACAACACUCUAGGCCUUCAGGGGCCUGCUGGCCUUCAAAAGAGAGGCCUGCCUCAGUAGGCCACACAUCUUCACGGGCUGGGUCUCCCUCAGAGGAGCCGUUGUCUUUGGGACUCAGCCUGAGCUUUAGUGUGUGAGGAGAGAGUCCCCAGCUGUCCGUGCUGUGUUGUUCAUUCCCUCCUUCCUGCCAGGCUUCAACCAGAAAAGAACCCCGUUGAACGGGAAUGAGGUUUUCAUAGAGAAUGAGAAAAUCAUUUUCUACAAUUUGUAAAGUUUGUGAAAAAGCCACUACUAUGGUUUUUAAAUCAAAUAGUAGGACAAUUUAAAAAUCAAUAAAGAUAUUUUCCUAAAUACCAA